AUGGAUAACAGCAACUGUAAUUGUAGCCAGUGGUAUACGGUUCAAGAUAGUGAUAAGUGUGCCAAGGUCUCUCUCGCGCAUUCUAUCUCGCUUACUGAUUUCUAUUUCCUCAACCCAGAAAUCGAUGCGAACUGCACCAACCUCGAGCUUGACGAGGCAUACCAUAUCAAGCCCGUUGGUUCAAUCACUAGCUACCCGAAUCACACGGUGGCGGGAGUCCUACCAACCACGGUCAAGCCCGUCACCUUCACUUACGUGAAUAUCAAUAUUCCUCUCGCCACGAGUGAUCCUAGGUAUGUGGUUCCCGGAACAGCGCUGUUGCCCAGUGCUUCAGGCACUAUUCUAGGCUACUAUGACUACGAGAAUCCCUCUAACUAUACUUCUUAG